UGCGUUCCCAUUGACCUGGAAACGUCCCACCGGUGAGCCGAGCAGAACAACCGGAGCCCUCCCCUCUCACCGGUCGUUUUAGUCCUGAAAAUUGGCGGUAAACCCGAGGUGUGAAACCGUAUUACCUGUGUGGACUGCUUCUCGUGGACCGGACCGCAGACAUGCCUGUUGCUAACCGCCUGUUGGUGAAGGGAGGGAGAGUGGUGAACGACGACUGCACCGUGGAAGCAGACGUGUACAUUGAAGACGGAGUCAUCGCUCAGGUGGGGACGAAACUGGCCACCCCGGGGGGAGCUCGUGUUCUGGACGCCACAGGAAAACUGGUGCUUCCCGGGGGAGUCGACACCAACGUGCACUUCCAGGAGCCGGGGGCGGGAUGUAUCACUGCAGACGACUUCUACACAGGCACUAAGUCGGCCCUGGCCGGAGGCACCACGCUCGUGGCGGGGUUCGUGAUGCAGGACAAAGACGAGUCGCUAGAGGACGCCUUUGAGCGGUGGAAGGCCCAGGGGAACGAAAAGUCCUGCUGCGGGUUCACUCUACACGCCUGCGUGACGUCAUGGGAUGACACCACUUCCGGGGAGCUGAAGAACCUGGUCAACAAAGGUGUGACAUCCUUUAAGACGUCGAUGGCGGCUGAGACGCGGCUGACGGACGCGCAGCUGCUUCAGCUGUUCGGCAGGUGCAAGGAGCUGGGCGCUCUGCCGGUGGUGCACGCAGAGAACGGGGACAUCAUCAGGGAGAUGGAGCGGAGGUUGGCGGAGCAGGGUGUGACCGGGCCCGAGGGCUGCGUGCUCAGCCGCCCGGAGGAAGCCGAGACCGAGGCCGUGUUCAGGGCCAUCAGCCUUGCCCAUGCCGUCAACGUACCCUUGUACAUUCAGCCAAUCACAGGCCGACCCGCUGCCGACGUCAUCGCCACGGCCAGGAAAAGCGGAAAGCUUGUGUACGGAGAGGUGACGUCAGCUAGCGUGGCCCUGGACGGGACGCACUGCUGGGACCCGGACUGGAGACACGCCGCCGGCUACGUCACAGAGCCGCCUCUGCGGGCUGACGCCAACACACCGGCACACCUCACCAACCUGCUCGCCAACGGGGACCUGCAAUGUUUAGCCAGCGCGGACCGCAGCUACACCUCGGAUCAGAAGGCGGGCGCGAGUAAAACCGGUGAUCUUCAAGUGUGCGGAAGUAGCGACGCGACCCUGAACGCCGAGCAGAAGGCGCUGGGGAAAGACGACUUCAGGAAAAUCCCGCGCGGGGUCAACGGGGUAGAGGACAGAAUGGCGGUCCUCUGGGAGACCGCGGUGCACGCUGGGAAGAUGGACGAGAACCAGUUCGUGGCCGCGACCAGCAGUAACGCCGCCAAGGUGCUCAACAUGUACCCCAAGAAGGGCCGAAUUGACGUCGGUUCAGACGGAGAUCUCGUGGUGUGGGAUCCGGCUGCCACGAGAACGAUUUCCGCCAAGACACACCACCAGGCUGUGGACUUCAAUAUAUUUGAGGGCAUGGUGUGCCAUGGCGUCGCCCUGUCGGUUGUACUUGGCGGGAAAGUCGUCAUAGAGGAGGGCCGACUUCUGGCCGCGGCGGGGGCGGGAAAAUUCGUCCCCAGGGAGCCGUUUGGAAGCUACACACACGGCCGCAUCGCCACCAGAGACCGGCUACAGAAGCCCGACAAGGUGACCCGGGACCCGUACACCGGGCCUGUCUCGGAGCCCGUACAAAUGACGGACGGUUUCGGUAGGCAGGAGUCAGCCCGUGCGUCACGUGACCUGCACCAGUCCAGCUUCAGCCUAUCAGAGAUGGCACCGGAGCUGCCGGAGGUGGAGGAGGUCAAAUCACCGCGCAGCCGCCCCAGCACGCGGGUCAUCAACCCCCCUGGCGGCCGGUCCACGUCCCUGUGGUAGAGUAAUUAGGCAUAACCUCUUUGGUUGGAGGAACAAACGUGCAGCUCAACAUUUCAACUCAUCUGCAAGCAGACGUGCAUCUCCGGCCUGUUUCUGUGCGUCUUUACGUCGUUUGGUUUUGGUUUGGUUUUAGUCAUCUCCAUUAGUGAUACAAUAUCCACUAUUAUCCCAGAAAUUCAGCAAAAUAAUACAAUGAAAAUAUAGCAACUGAAAUACAAACAAAAUAAAUGAUUAAGGCAAGAUGUCUGUUAAAAAUAAAUCUAAUUACAUUCAAGACUAACAAACAAAACAUAAAAAUGCCGCAAAAUGACGUUCAGGAGCAAGUCGAGGUCACACAUAUUCUUGAAGAUACCUAAGAUCAACAUAAUCGUGCUCGUGUAAAAGUUUUCCCAGUGUAUCGUAUUUGUCUCCAUCGGGUAGAAAUUUCCAAGAGGAUAGAAAUUUCUUGUCCUGGGGCGGGCUGCGCUCUUUGUAGCUUUUAUGUAUACUUAAUAAAGUGCCUAACCGUGUGGCUUAGCUAAGCUUACCAAAGUCGUACUGGCUACCUCCGAAGAGAAGUCCCGGUCACAUACAUCACACGACGCUCGUACAAUGUUUUUCUCUCGACCAUACCGCGGUACGUCGUAGGUUUGGGGAAGAAGUUUUUUCAACUCUACGUGCGUCGUAUGUGACCAGGGCUUAACAGAGAAUCCUGGACCAAUAUAACACAGUAAGAUAACAUAAAAGUACAUUCCCAUGCUCAUUAGCUUAUAUCUGUGGUCUUUCCUGUAAUCAGAGGAUGCAAGAAAUAUUCUACGCCUUACGAGAGAAAAGACAGUUACAGUUUUAGUGCCGGUUUUAAUACUCCUGCUGUGGUGGCCUUUUUGCACAACUGUAAUGGCUAUUGGGUGAGGUCUUUCCACCAGAGGGCGACCGUUGAGUGACCAAAUUUGAAUUUAUGUGAUUUUUUCUUUUAUCAUUGGAAUAUAAUGAAAUGGUUAAAAUACAUGAAUAAUUUAAAAGACAACACACACAAAAAGUAAAAACUUAGGUCGCAGUCUCUAAUGGAAAAGGGUGUUAGUAGCUUUGCGAUAAUAUCCUGUAUAUGUUUGUGUUGUCACAUAUAUGACAUGUAUGAAAAUAUUAUGAUACAUUAUUGUAGUCAUUGGUCUGUGAUUAGAAUCGAACGCUAAAACGUGUUCGUCGUUGAAGUCGUGAAUUUUAAAGUCUCUCAUCUGGUCGGUGAUACAUGUUAUGUACGCAGCAAUAUUAGUUAGAUGAUAAUAUACGAGAUGCAAUGGAAAUAAACACGGGGAGUGUAA